AUGCCAAAGGCUAACGGCCCCUUGCGGGCCUCCGCGACAGAACGCAAACAUAUGCCCCUCGCUGAUGACAUCCUUUCAACCGGCCACUUGCGCACAAAGUCAGGCAAGCGAAAAUCCCGAUCAGACGAAAAAGAUGGAGACGAUUAUCUCGACUCAAAGACAACCAAGAAGAUCCUGCAAAUUGGCCAGGAUCUUGCGGAGGAAGAUGCUGCAGAAUCCCGUGCUACUUUAGCUGCUUCUGGGUUGAAGAUAAACACAGCUUUUGAUUUUGGGUCCCGAUUUGGCCCAGAGGAAGACGAGAGGGAAGAUGAUGGGGAACAAUAUGGAGAAGACGAGUGGGCUGAUGUCGAAGAAGAAGUUGAAGAAGCGGAAGUUGAUCCCAAUGACCUUGACACGUUCCAUAAAUUUGUCCCCCGCGGUGAAGAGGAUCCGAUAUUCAACCCCCGCAAUCCGGAUGAUCAAGAGCAAGGACAAGGCACAAACCUGGCAGAUAUGAUUCUCGAGAAAAUAGCAGCGUAUGAGGCCCGAAAGGGGGACCAGCCUCAAAUUAUUGGAGGCGGUGAAAUGGAAAACGCUGUUGAGCUCCCUGCAAAAGCCGUAGAGGUCUACCAAAGGGUCGGCUUCCUCCUCUCCCGCUACAAAUCUGGGCCCCUUCCCAAACCAUUCAAAAUCCUCCCAACCCUACCACAAUGGCAAACGCUCCUCGAAAUCACCCAACCAGAAAACUGGACCCCAAACGCCAUAUACGCCGGCACCCGCAUCUUCAUCUCCUCAAAACCUGCCAUCGCCCAAGAAUACAUAAACACCGUCCUCCUCGACCGCGUCCGCGACGACAUCCACGAAACCAAAAAACUACACGUGCACAUCUACAACGCCCUGAAAAAGGCCCUGUACAAACCCGCCUGUUUCUUCAAGGGCUUCCUCUUCCCCCUUGUCCAAUCGGGAACCUGCACACUGCGCGAAGCCCACAUAAUUUCCAGUGUCAUCACCCGCGUCUCGAUACCAGUGUUGCACUCCGCUGCCGCUCUCCUGCGCCUCUGCGACAUGGCUGCGGAGAAGACCGCAUCCGCCCUCUCCUCUGAAGGCACAGGUGCCCUAAACAUGUUCAUCCGCGUCUUUCUCGAGAAGAAAUACGCACUUCCAUAUAAAGUCAUCGAUGCACUCGUGUUUCAUUUCCUCCGUUUCCGCGCUACAGAUCCUCUCCCUCAGGACGUUAGCGGUGCUGGCGCCGAUACAGCUAUGACGGGUGCUUCUGCGGCAAAGAAUUAUAAAUUGCCUGUCCUGUGGCAUCAGUCGCUACUAGUCUUUGCGCAGCGAUAUCGGAACGAUAUCACGGAAGACCAGCGCGAGGCGUUGCUAGAUCUGCUGCUGGUGAGGGGCCAUAAGGAUAUUGGUCCGGAGGUGCGGAGGGAGUUGUUGGCUGGGAGGGGGAGGGGGAUUGUGUUACCUAAGGGUGAGGGUGGUGAGACACUGGGGAAUGGAGGGGAUGAUACUAUGGAUGUGGAAAUGUGA